CUGGCUAUUUGCUGUGCGCGCUGAGUUUUUUGGAUACAUUUGAAAUAAUGUUGCCCAUUUAGGAUGCACCCGUUACGUUGUUAUGCCACCAAAGCGGGCCGAGAACAUUACGCCAGCAGCAGCGUUAAGAUUUACCGCAAAUUGCAGCCCAGCACAAUCAAACCAAAACCAAAGCCAAAACAUGUGCCGCAACCAGCAAGCAAUGAAUACGCUGAGAAUUUGGUAAAGGUGCAGAUGAUCUCGCAGAAUUUACAUGGCCAACUCUUUCCCCAGGCCCACCGCAAGUAUACUGAAUCGGAACGUGCCACUGCUAAGUUGUAUAAUGCCGAAUUGCUGCGUCAUGGUAUCGAUGUAAAGAGUACAACAGCCGUGCCGGAUGUGCAGCUUAAGUUGCCGCCGCUGCGAGGCACGAAUAUAGAGGAGCACUUUCAUGCCAUAGCCAAGGAGCAGGUGGCACCAUAUGAAGCGUUGCUGCAUCCGCUGGUCAAGUGCUCGAAGUUGCCCGCCAAGCCCAAGCGUUGGGCUUUCUAUGCCGGCUGGACAGCCUAUGAUCCGGAGGAUGGCACAGCCACACCUGUGGCUCACCCACUGGAGCAGGGCAUCAUCUUCGAUGUGGAGGUGUGUGUACGUGAAGGAAGUACACCUGUUUUGGCCACAGCUGUUAGCACCGAGCGCUGGUAUUGCUGGGUCAGUCCAAAGCUGACCAAGCAUCGACUCAGUGUGCCGCACGUGGAACCCAUCGAUGUGGCGCAAAGUGACCGACCUCAUUACAUGCUCGACGAGCUUAUACCGCUGGGCAGUGGCGCACCUGGUCUCGUUGUGGGCCACAAUGUGUCCUAUGAUCGUGCACGUCUGCUGGAACAGUAUCUGCUGGAGGACACAGGCACACGCUUUGUAGACACCAUGUCGCUGCACAUGUGUGUUAGCGGCGUCACCAGCUAUCAGCGCGCUAUGCUCAAGUCGAAGAAGGAGCCCGCCGCUGAAGACCUCGACUGGUUGGAGCAAAGCUCAUUAAAUAGCCUGGUCGAUGUGCAUCGAUUGUACUGCGGUGGUGAACCGCUGUCCAAGGAGCCACGCAACAUUUUCGUUGAGGGCACACUGGAGCAGGUGCGUCAGCAGUUCCAAUCACUUGUCAAUUACUGUGCCGGCGAUGUGGAGGCAACACAUCGCAUCCUAACUGUGCUUUAUCCGUUGUAUGCCGAACGUUUUCCACAUCCCGUUACGCUGGCGGGCAUGCUGGAAAUGGGCUCCGCCUAUCUGCCAGUUAACUCGAAUUGGGAACGUUACAUACGCGAUGCACAGCUGGCCUAUGAGGAUCUCAACAUUGAGGCCAAAUAUCAUUUGGGACGACGUGCCGAGGAGGCUUGUGCACUGCUCCACGAUGAGCAGUAUCGCCAGCACUUGUGGCUGUGGGACGAAGAUUGGAGCGUGCAGCAGUUGAAGCUUAAGCAAUUGCCCAAGCGCAAGCAGUUGCCCACUGUGCCGCUCCAGGAUGAGCGGCAGCUAAACGCUGAACAACGUCGUCUGCUGCAGAAGUUUCAGCAUCUUUAUGAUCAGCGUGCGCUGCUCCCAGCGCGACGUCCACUACUCCCUGGCUAUCCGCAGUGGUAUCGCAAGCUUUGCCAAAAGCCACCGCCAGACUACAGCGAGGAGGAGCUGCAGCAACAGGAUGAGCCUUGGACGCCGGGCGCCAGUGGCAUCAGCACAGGCAUGCAGAUUGCACCCAAGCUACUCUCCCUCUGCUGGGAGGGCUAUCCACUGCAUUAUCAGAAGGGGCAUGGCUGGGGCUUCCUGGUGCCCUUUCGCAGCGGCGACAACAGCCGGCAGACUGAUCUGCCCAUUGAACAGCUGCUCGAACGCUGUGCCAUACCAGAAUUUGCGCGUCUCUAUGCUGCCGCUGAGAAUGGGGAUAUGGCUAUGGAUAUGCUGCCGGGUCAAGUCGAAGAGCAAUUGGCUAAACGCCAAUUCUUCAAGAAGAUCUCACAGCGACAACAGCGCUUGGAAGAGAAGUACAAAGGUUCUGGCGUCUGGUGUAACCAGGUGCUGGAGGAUUGCUGCUUUUUUCUGAAGCUGCCGCACAAGAACGGACCAUCGUUUCGUGUGGGCAAUCCCCUGUCGAAGGAUUUCCUGAACAAGUUCUCGGAAAAUGCGCUGAGCAGUGGCGAUCCCACGUGUCAGGCGGCGUCGCGUGUCAUCGAAAUCGCCCGCAUGAUGUCCUAUUGGCGCAACAAUCGCGAUCGCAUCCUAAGCCAGAUGGUCAUCUGGCUGCCAGCGCAGCAGCUGCCCGCUGACCUAAGAUCGCAUGCAGAGCGCACGGCUUAUGGUGCCAUUUGUCCGCAGGUUGUUGUUGCCGGCACCCUAACGCGUCGUGCCAUGGAGUCCACCUGGAUGACGGCAUCGAAUUCGCGCGCCAAUCGCAUUGGAUCGGAGCUGCGUGCUAUGGUGCAGGCGCCACCUGGUUAUAAGCUUGUUGGCGCCGAUGUGGACUCGCAGGAGCUGUGGAUAGCCUCCGUGCUGGGUGAUGCUUAUGCGCACGGCGAGCAUGGCGCCACACCCUUGGGCUGGAUGACGCUGAGCGGCAGCAAAUCAAAUGGCAGCGACAUGCACUCCAUAACCGCCAAAGUAGUGGGUAUUUCACGCGAUCAUGCCAAAGUGCUCAACUAUGCCCGCAUCUACGGUGCUGGCCAGCAAUUUGCCGAGACGCUGCUGCAGCAAUUCAAUCCAUCGCUGAGCGCCACGGAGGCCAAGGCGAAAGCCAUGAAAAUGUUUGGGGCGACCAAGGGCAAGCGGAUUUAUCGACUGCGCGAAGAGUUUCACGACGAACUGGAGGACAGAACUUAUAGCGGCUACGAGGCUAAACGUUUGGCGCUGCAGCGUAAUCGUUCCAUUGGUGAGGUUUUCCAUCGUCCGAGCUGGCAAGGCGGCACCGAGAGUGCCAUGUUUAACCGCCUGGAGGAGAUUGCCACACGUGAGCAGCCGGAGACGCCGUUUCUUGGCUGCCGCCUCAGUCGCGCCCUGGAGACACGAGGCGAUGCGGAUCAGGAGCAGCGCUUUCUGCCCACUCGCGUCAAUUGGGUGGUGCAGAGUGGUGCUGUGGACUUUCUGCACUUGAUGCUGGUCAGCAUGCGUUGGCUUCUGGGACCGCAUGCUCGCUUCUGCCUGAGCUUCCACGACGAGCUGCGCUACCUGGUGAAGGAUGAGCUGGCCUACAAAGCGGCGUUGGCGAUGCAUGUGACCAAUUUGCUCACUCGCUCAUUUUGCGCCUCAAAGAUUGGUCUAACCGAUCUGCCCAUGUCGGUUGCGUUCUUCUCCUCUGUUGAGGUGGACACCGUGCUGCGCAAGGAGUGCACCAUGGACUGCCAAACGCCCUCCAAUCCGCAUGGCCUGCAAAUCGGAUACGGCAUUGCGCCCGGCCAAAGCUUGAGCAUAGAACAGUCUAUUCAAAAGGCAGAAGGCCAUGAUCUCAAUCAAUGGCCAUGGCUCAAACGGCAUGAGCAACUGAGCUAGCAGCAGUUAAAGUUCCUUUGGUAUUUUAAGGAUAAAUCAACAGAAGCUGAAAAAAUGAGGACUUUAAGACAUUUACCUUAAACAUAUUGUGACUAUCAUUAAAACUGUGUGAAGUUUA